AUGGAAGUGGAUAAUUCAAUGGACAUUGAUGAUAAAUCCACAUCUUCUAAAUGUGCUGGAAAAUACAAAGAUGAUGAAGAAAAACCCCGUUUUGAAGUUAAAAAGUGGAAUGCAGUAGCUUUAUGGGCUUGGGAUAUUGUUGUUGAUAACUGUGCUAUAUGCAGAAAUCAUAUUAUGGAUUUAUGUAUCGAGUGUCAAGCAAAUCAAGCUUCCGUUACCAGUGAAGAAUGUACAGUGGCUUGGGGAAUGUGUAAUCACGCUUUUCACUUUCAUUGUAUUUCUCGUUGGCUUAAGACUCGACAAGUUUGUCCAUUAGAUAAUAGAGAAUGGGAAUUUCAAAAGUAUUUAGAUUUCUUUCCUAUUUAA